GUGGAGUCGAGCGGAGCGGAGUCGAGUCCACCACCACCACCAGCACGGCGGAUCCCUUCGUCUCUAUCCAUUCGAACCUCGCGGCGCCGGCUGGCUAGCCACCAAGGGUUAAAGCUCGCUCGCUCGCUCGCUUGCUUGGGUCGGCAGCGAUGGCGGAGAACGCGACCAGGUGCCCGGCGCCGAUGAAGGCGACGUCGCAGGGGGCGUACCAGGGGGAGAACCCGCUGGACUACGCGCUGCCGCUCGCCAUCCUGCAGAUCUGCCUCGUCGUCGUCGUCACCCGCGGCCUCGCCUACCUCCUCCGCCCGCUCCGCCAGCCCCGCGUCAUCGCCGAGAUCAUCGGAGGAAUUCUGCUGGGCCCGUCGGCGCUGGGCCGGAGCACGAAGUUCUUGCACGCCGUGUUCCCACCUCAGAGCUUGACGGUGCUGGACACGCUGGCGAACCUUGGCCUGCUUUUCUUCCUGUUCCUCGUCGGCCUCGAGCUCGACAUCUCCACCAUCCGCCGCACCGGCAAGAAGGCCCUUGCCAUUGCAAUUGCUGGUAUCUCUGUCCCAUUCGCGCUUGGCAUCGGCACAUCGUUUGCAUUCCGUGCUACCAUUGUCAAGGGCGCGCCACAAGGGCCACUUCUUGUCUUCAUGGGCGUGGCGCUCUCCAUCACCGCCUUCCCGGUUCUCGCCCGUAUCCUGGCCGAGCUGAAGCUUCUGACCACUGAUCUUGGUCGCAUGGCCAUGUCUGCUGCGGCGGUCAAUGAUGUUGCUGCCUGGAUCCUGCUUGCACUUGCCAUUGCGCUCUCCGGUUCUGGCUCGCCGAUCAUUUCUCUCUGGGUGCUGCUCACCGCUGCCGGCUUCGUCAUUGCAAUUUGCUUGUUCCUCCGCCCGGUGCUGGCCUGGAUGGCGCGUCGGUCACCCGAGGGCGAGCCCGUCAAGGAGGUCUACAUUUGCGCCACCCUCUCCAUUGUCCUCGCUGCUGGUUUUGUCACCGACACCAUUGGCAUCCAUGCUCUGUUUGGUGCCUUCAUGGUCGGCGUUGUCGUCCCCAAGGACGGGCCUUUUGCGGGUGUACUCAUCGAGAAGGUGGAGGACCUCAUCUCAGGGCUCUUCCUCCCGCUUUACUUCGUCUCGAGCGGCCUCAAGACCAAUGUGGCCACCAUCAAAGGAGCCAAAUCCUGGGGCUUGCUCGUGCUUGUGAUAGCAAACGCAUGCCUUGGCAAGAUUGGGGGCACAGUGAUCACGUCCCUGUUCGUCAAGAUCCCCGUCCGGGAGGCGGUCACGCUCGGCUUCCUCAUGAACACCAAGGGGCUUGUUGAGCUCAUCGUCCUCAACAUCGGCAAGGACCGCAAGGUUCUGAACGACGAGACGUUCGCCAUCAUGGUGCUCAUGGCGUUGUUCACCACCUUCAUCACGACCCCCAUCGUCAUGGCCAUCUACAAGCCGGCGCGGCGGACUGUGCCGUACAAGCGCCGCACCGUGGAGUGCGCGCCCGGGGACGCGGACAGCGAGCUGCGCGUGCUGGCCUGCUUCCACACCAACCGCCACGUCCCCACGCUGCUCAACCUCGUGGAGGUGUCGCGGGGCACCGGGCGCCGUCGCCUCACCAUGUACGCGAUGCACCUGGUGGAGCUCUCCGAGCGGUCCUCGGCCAUCAGCCUGGUGCACCGCGCGCGCCGCGAUGGCAUGCCGUUCUUCAACAGCAAGGAGCAGCGGACAGAGCAGAUGGUGGUGGCGUUCGAGGCAUUCCAGCAGCUGAGCUCCGUGAGGGUGCGCCCCAUGACUGCCAUCUCGGACCUUGACUCCAUCCACCGAGAUGUCAUCCAUAGCGCCGCCGAUAAGCGGGCGGCCAUCGUCAUCAUGCCUUACCACAAGAUGCUCCAGCACGACGGCUCCUUCCAGUCGCUUGGUUCGGCGUACCAUGCCAUCAACAAGCGCGUGCUCCGUGAGGCGCCCUGCUCCGUCGGCAUCCUCGUCGACCGUGGCCUUGGUGGCCACGCGCAGGUGUCGGCCAAGAACGUCUCCUUCUCCGUCGCCAUGCUCUUCUUCGGCGGGCCCGACGACUGCGAGGCGCUGGCCUACGCGACACGCAUGACAGAACAUCCAGGUGUCGCCGUCACCCUGGCGAGGUUCCAGCCUAACCGCCCGCAGUCGGAUGAAGAGAACGCGGCCGACGAGGCGGCGGUCGAGGCGUUCAAGGCCAAGGUUGGCGCUGUGAAGGAUGGGUCAGUGCGGUUCGAGGAGCGAGAGGCGUACACCAAGGAGGAGGUGCUGGAGGCCAUCGAGUCUCUGUCCAUGUUCAACGUGUUCGUAGUGGGGCGGAUGCCACCGACGGCACCGUUGGUGGAGAAGCCGGACGAGCUGGGCCCCGUGGGGAGCUACCUGGUGUCGCCGGCGUUCAGGACGUCGGCGUCCGUGCUGGUCAUCAGGAGGUACGACCCGGCGACGAACCCGAAGAGCAAGAGGUUCGACCCGAAGGCGAGGCCGCCGGUCGCGACGGAGGAGGACGCGCUGGACGAGGAGAUGGGCACCGGCACCGUGGUGCCCGUGUCGCAGUCGCCGAUGAGCGACGUCGCGUGAGCAAGCCGAGCCGGGCUCCUCGUCGCCGUCAGGCGUAUGACAUCUUGUAAAGAACCGUGCUGAGGUCGGUGUGCCGUGUUGCAUGUGUAGCGCGUACCGUCUCUUUCUGUUUCUCUGGCGAGCGUUCGUGGCCCGCAUUAGCUUCAGCUGAUAUGGUGGCUCUGUGUAGGCUGAUGGGAUCGUUUCGCACGUGCAUGUUGUGGGCGCACGUGCGGUCUUACCCGAUGAAGUGUAUAUAUCUAAAAAGAUUAUAUGAUUUACCACUGAAUAAUAUAUUGUGUUUCUUAUA